UCGGGUUCCUGUCGGAGUUAUCGUUACUGGAUGAAAUCUCCGGUCUGAGGUUGCGUUCCGUGUAUUUCUGUACCGGAAGGUGGGACUACUAAGGACGCCUGCGGGAAAAUGGUGGUUUAUCAUUGUUGUGUUCCAAACUGCACCGCAUCAACUAGAAAGUUUAACAAACUGCAUAAGUAUCCUUGGAUGCAAGGUGUGACAUUUAUUUCUCUGCCAAAUAAGAUAAGGAACGCAAAGGAAAGGCGAGACUGGUUGAGAUUGAUUAGGCGGCCGAAUGAUUGGACUCCAACGAAAUACACACGUAUUUGUUCACUGCACUUUGAUGAAAACAACAACAACACUCUACCAACAUUGUUUCCUUACAACAAUUUCAAGAAGCCGUUGAGUGAAAGAAAAACCAGCAAUUCAACACAAGUUGGAACAGACAAUAACCUUGAAUCUCCAAUGCAUGCAUGUAAUUCUGAUCAUCAUCAUGGAUCCAUCCCUGAGAGCCAAGUUAUCUUUUCAGCUAUACCUUAUGUUUGUGGAGAAGUCGAGGUCAUUAGCACAGAAAAGUUUGUUACAACUGAUUAUUUGCCAGGUCAAAGAUAUGUAUCAAAAUUAAACCAUCCCACAUGUAAGCCAACUAAAGAGCAUGACUAUAGUUAUCACAGAGAUGAUAAAGUGAUUGUAGAUUCGUCUACUCAAACAGAAGUUACAGCUAAUGAUAUCAGGCUACUGGAACAGGAAAAUAACAGACUCAAGCAUACCCUGGAAGAUAAAGACAGCUUGUCCAGAGAAAUUUUUGUUAAACAUGUUACCAAAGAUGACAAACAUGUAAAGUUUUACACUGGUGUUCAAAAUUUCGCUAUUUUAAUGGGUAUUUUCCAGCUUCUUAUGACCAAAUGUUCCAAGUUAAAGUACUGGUCUGGCAAGGGAAGUGUUAAUGACAAAAACUACCAAACUGGAAAUAGAUUAAAGCCUGGACCACAAAGGAAAUUGACAGAUUUUCAGGAAUUUAUACUCACAUUAGUACGUCUUCGUCUUGGUCUAAUAGAUUAUCACUUAGCUGAUAUUUUUGGAAUCUCAAAGACCCGUGUUUCACAGAUAUUUACAACAUGGAUAACAUUUAUGUCAGGUUUAUUUGGAAAACUAAUAAAAUGGCCAUCAAAGCAACAAGUCAGAAAACAUAUGCCGCAUUCAUUCAAAAUGUUAUACCCAAAAACAAGAUCUAUAAUUGACUGCACAGAAUUUUUUUUUCAACAUCCAAGAUCUCCUACAGCACAGGCCUCAACAUAUAGCACUUAUAAAUCAAAAAAUACUGGGAAAUGUCUUUUAGGGAUCUCACCUUCUGGAACCUUCACUUUUGUUUCAGACGUUUAUGGCGGCAAUGUAUCAGAUCGUUUUAUUACUGAAAAGUCUGGUUUCAUGGAUUAUAUUGAAGAGGGAGAUGACAUAAUGGCAGAUAGAGGCUUCACCAUAAGAGAUUUGUUAACAGAAAAAAAAGCAACAUUAAAUAUGCCACCAUUUACUCGCAAGUGUGUUUGGGGAAAAAAGAAAAGACUUAAUGUGAAUGAAAUUAAACAAACUCGCUCUAUAGCUAAGUUGAGAAUUCAUGUUGAAAGAGCCAUUCAAAGACUAAAGCUAUUUAAACUUAUAGGAAAUACUAUAGCAUGGUCUCUGAAACCAUUGACUAAUCAAAUGGUCAAAGUUUCAGCAUUUUUAUGCAAUUUAAUGCCAAAAUUAGUUAGGCGGUAAAAUGUCCAUAGAGAUAUAGAAGUGGCACAGUUACAGAUAUUACCUUAAAAAGUAAAUAUACACAUUAAUCUAGUUUUAAAACUUGUACUUUAAAAAAAAAUGCCAUGAAUGCAGGCCUGUUUACUGUUGAAUUCUUAAAUUGUCUUGUAUACAUUUUUAUCAAUGAAUUUUAGUCUUGGACAAAGAGUUGUCUCAUUUGACAAUCAUACCACAUAACUUUUUCAAUAGGUUGAAAACAGUAUGUUUAACUGAAAAAUUAAACUUUUAAAAUUUGCACCAACGUAAUGUCUUGCUUUUGGUGUUUACUCAAUGUAUCAAUUUUGUGUUUAUUGCGGAAAUACUGAAUCUUUGACCUUUAUAACCUCUGAUUUUGUUACAAAAAAUAUAUAUGAUAUCUUUUCAAUAUACAUGUAUGAUCAUUACAAUUAUAGGUAAUGAUAUCAGGCUAUUGUAUUUACUGCUGAUUUCAAAGGGGGGGGGGGGGGGUAUCUAAUUUUCUUCUUAGAAUAGAUUGUAAGAUGGGGUCAUGAUAAAUUUUAGCAUCUUAGCAAUACAAAAGGAUUGUUUAAAAAAACUCCAGAUGAGGGUCCCCUACCUUAAUUGCACUGCUAGACGAUCAGUAGAUAUUAAAAGACAUACAUGUACAUGUAGAUUAAUAUGAAAUUGUGGAUUUAGGCAGCACCUAGAAGAAUAUCUGUUUCCCCUCCCUGAGACUAUCCUUUGUGAACACACCAGGAGGGCAGGUUAAUUUAUUUUUAACUGGAGGUCACAGCAUGAUUACAUGGGGGAUAGCGGAAACAAACAUAUUUUAAAUUUUAGUCUUAUUUGCAUUUUGGUGGGGAACUGGAGAAAACAUGGGGAAGCUAGGGCUAAUUUGUAACAAAUUACAGAUCACUUAAAUGAAAUUAUAUAUGUUAUUCUGUUUUAAUAUAUAUUGUUUUUUAUGCAGUAACUUCAUGUCAAUGCCUGGGAUGAUAAGUGCAAUUGUUUAGCACUGUCAUGACUGUAGAA